AUAAGUAAUCCGUGAGUCGCGACAGCGAGAGAGCGGUGGUGGGGUUGGCAGCUAUUCGAACCACCUUUGAUUUGAACAGGAAAUGUCGUACAGCGAUGGCGGGCGUUCGAUCCGCAAGUCGAGUACGAAGUCACCGAAAAAAUUGCGAGUGAUAAAGAACGGCGAUAGCGACAAGGUGACGACGACGACGAUAAGCUACCACCACCACCACCAUCAUCAUUCGGAGGGCCACGGCCCUCACCCUUCGAUUCACAAGCGGAAUUUGUACGUCGUCUCGUUCCCCCUGAUAUUCCUCUUCAACGUUCUGCGCACUUUGCUCUACCAGCUAUUCGUGAUAUUCAAGUACUUCUACACGUCGACUUCGCGCCUCUUCCUCAGGCGCAGCACCGCCAAUAUCGCAAACGGGAAAAAGAGCCUCAAGGCCAACUGUCACCUCGAGAUUGUCGUCGGGCAGCAGGACGAGAAAGAUAACCUCCUCAGCGUCGUCGACCCGGAGGCUGAACAGAUGUCACAAAUUCCCAGACGCACCGCUGGUCCUGGACCCGGUGAUCCUCUUCUCGCCAAGCAGAAACACCACCACAGGAGGGCCUUCGAGUUCAUAAGCAAGGCCCUAAAAAUCGACGAGGAGAAUGAGGGUCACAAAGAAAUGGCUAUCGAACUUUAUAAAAAGGGUAUCGGUGAGCUUGAAAAAGGCAUUGCCGUCGAAUGCAACGGAGGACGUGGUGAAGUUUGGGAGAGGGCUCAGAAAUUGCACGACAAAAUGCGUGCUAAUCUUGCCAUGGCUAAGGAUCGAUUGGAUUUUUUAGCGAGUUUGUGCGAGCUGAAAAGACUGGGUAUAACGAACGAAGGGUGCUGCGCCGAAGGGACAGAUCGAGCUAGUGAACGUGGCGAAAAUCAUCCAAGGCUAAGACAACGCCUCGGACCCCAAACAACGCAAACAAAUAAAAACCCUACCACUACCACUCCCCACAACAGCAACAAUCACGGCAACAACCCACAAAUUAGUUCUAAUAAUUAUCUCUCUAGUACCGGAGCACAAUCACAGACGUUACAUGUACCUGGUCAAAACACUUACAAAUACAUACAAAGGCCGCGAUCUCCAAAAAAUCAUUCCGCUCGACUGCCUGAAGCAUCCGGUAGAAAACUGGCGGUGCCUGGAAAGCGGGCAGCUGGAUCGGUGAUGAGCAAGAGUCAGACGCUGCCGCGUAGCAUGGGAAGAUCAGCUCCGACUCUACCCUGCCAUCGUACGAUGCCGAUAAAGCCAUCGUCGACUCCACCGUCAGUGAAACGACAAUUCUCUGUACCGAGCAACGGGUCUCCUGUGAGAAGGCCCGGAACUCCUGGGGGGUCGGGAAGCAAUAGAGGGACACCGACGCGAAAAGCAUCGUUGCCGAAAGGCAUCGACCCGAAAUUGGCUCAGGUGAUCCUGGACGAGAUCCUGGAGGGUGGAACCGCCGUUCAGUGGGAAGACAUCGCGGGUCAGGAGACCGCCAAACAAGCACUACAGGAAAUGGUGAUCCUGCCCUCGUUGCGUCCUGAACUUUUCACCGGUCUCCGUACUCCGUCCAGAGGACUCCUGCUGUUUGGCCCACCAGGCAAUGGGAAAACGCUUUUGGCACGGGCGGUCGCUACGCAGUGCAACGCGACCUUCUUUUCAAUAUCUGCGGCGAGUCUGACUUCCAAGUACGUGGGGGAGGGCGAGAAGCUAGUCAGAGCGCUGUUUACAAUAGCCAGAGAGCUUCAGCCGUCUGUGAUCUUCAUCGACGAAGUCGACUCGCUGCUCAGUGAGCGGCGGGACAACGAGCACGAAGCCUCAAGGCGGUUGAAGACCGAGUUUCUCGUCGAAUUCGACGGUCUGCCCUGCACCCCCGAAGAGCGCGUCCUCGUCAUGGCCGCUACCAACCGACCCCAAGAAUUAGACGAAGCUGCUCUCAGGCGGUUCACCAAAAGGGUCUACGUCACGUUGCCCGACACCCUGACGAGGGUUCUGCUUCUCAGGAGACUUCUCAGUAAGCAUAGUAACCCCCUUACUCAGCAGGAACUUGAGCACCUUGCGCGACUCACCGAGGGAUAUUCUGGUAGCGAUCUGACUGGCCUGGCCAAAGACGCUGCGCUGGGACCCAUAAGAGAGCUGAAUCCAGAGCAAGUGAAAGAGCUAGACUUGAACUUAGUGCGUAACAUAACGAUGCAAGAUUUCGUCGAUUCUUUGAAAAGAAUUCGUAGAUCUGUAUCGCCGACUAGUUUAGCCGCUUACGAAAAAUGGAGUUUGGAAUAUGGCGACGUUAGUCUCUGAUUUAAAAUAGGCCCAAAAUCCGGGCCUUCUCUAUAGCCGUAGAAGAGGAAUGACGAAGAAGUACAGUGCCCGAGUAUCAAUCCCGUUUCUUUCUCCCAUCGUCAUCACGUUUCGUCGAAUUGAUCAAUCAUCUGUACUUUUUUAGGAUAAUUAGUACCGUGAAUUUUAGGUGACAUUAUUAGAAGGAAUUAAGUAGAAAUAGAAAAUACGGGAUCACCCUGCAAUAGAGACUUCGAUCUAGUUUAUGAACGUUCGAGGUCCGUCAUAUGUCGCAUGCCAUAUAUUUAUUUUUACUACAUAAUUCAAUACUGUUGAAAAAAAAAGAAAGAAAAAAAAACUGAAACAAAAAUAUUUUGUGCACUCUUCAAAACUGUUAAUGACUUUUAAAGAUACUUUACUUCGUACUCUCAGAGACGAUAGUUGUUUCAAGAUAUGUGUAGACAUAGUAGAAACAUUGAAUCACGCGCUUAAGUUCUGGUAGAGAUAUUGGCUUUGCCAAAAGUAGAAAAGAAUUGUUUGCUCUUUCGUUUGAUGUAUGCGAUUAGUUUUGACAAUUUGGCACAAUCGCUUGCGCGUAUAAUUAUCACAUUAAUAAGUUAAGCUUUGCCGUGACACAAGAAGCGCGCAAUUUCUAGUGGUAAUCGAAUUCCUUACAGAAUGAUUAGCUACUGUAAAAUUGAUACAACGAACUAAAGUUUACCUGCAAAGUAGAGCCGAAUGCAUGCAAACAUGAAACACCGUGAAGGAAAAACACGGUUUGUUACAUUGCAUGCGAAUUAUUGUCGAAUCGAAGAAUACGAAGAACUGUUUCAGUUACCUGAAUUAUGGUAUAAUUUUACGUUUAAGAAUUACAGUCGAAUUAAGUCCAUCACGCAACCUUGUUAGUAAUAAUAUUGUGAUAAAAUUUAUAAACCAAUUUGCAUAAUCGUUUGGUUAUCGCUUCCAUGAAUUAAGAGAGGAUAUAUUAAUUAUUAAUAAUUAUAAUUUAUUAUAAAUCGUGUUUCGUUCUCCUGUUUCGUGCGUUAAUGAGUUGAAAAAAACAAAAUACUUUAUUACAUUAAUUAAUACCACGUUCAGUGUACGACUGUAUGUUGAAUUAUUGUUUGAACAAAAAUCUUGUUAUCACUCAACGACCCUUAUCUUUGAUUCGAGACUUUCCUUGAUUCGGAAAAAAUAUUUAUUAGUCCACGCGGUCUAUUAUUAUUACAAACUAUUUAAAAGUUCAAGUUUAAUUAUAACUCGUGAUAUUAUAUUAUUUAUUAUUAUUAUUAUUAUUAUUAUUAAUUGUUUGGUUGAUUUUUUGAUUGAGAAAAGGCGACGUUAUGCAUGACGAUUAAUAUUAUCUAGGAUAAUUUCAUAGUGAUAAAUAUAUCUUUAUAAACAUAGUUAUUACACUGGUGGAAAUGUGUUGCGUAUUACGAUUGAUUCAAGU